AUGUGGGCGCUCUUGGUUCUCAUAGGUGCUGCAUCUGUUUCUGCUCAUCUGCAGGAUCUUUCCUUUGAUGGACAGAAGGUGUUUCGUGUGAUUCCACAGAAUGAUGAGCAGGUGGAAAUCCUCAACUCCCUUGCCAGCAUCAUGCAGGUUGACUUUUGGCAGCCAGACUCUGUCACUCUGGUAAGGCCAAAAAUGCAAGUUGAUUUCCGACUUGGAGCUGAGAAUUCUUUUGAGGUUGAAGAACUUUUGAAGGAAAGUGGAGUGGAGUAUCAAGUUCUGAUUGACAACCUGCAGGCUGCGCUGGACACCCAGUUUGACAGCCAAGCUCGCGCUGCCGGCCACAGCUAUGAAAAGUACAACAACUGGGACACGAUAGCUGCUUGGACUGCUAAUAUUGCUGCUCAGAACCCAGACCUUGUCUCUCGUAGUGUAAUUGGGGAAACAUAUGAAGGACGGCCAAUGUACCUUCUCAAAAUGGGAAAAAGUGGUCCAAAUAAGAAAGCCAUCUUUAUGGAUUGUGGUUUUCAUGCAAGAGAGUGGAUCAGCCCUGCUUUCUGCCAGUGGUUUGUGAAAGAGGUUAUUGAGACCUAUGGAAAAGACACUGUCAUGACCACACUUCUGGACAAGUUGGACUUCUAUGUUUUGCCUGUUGUUAACAUUGAUGGCUACGUUUACACUUGGACGAAUGACCGCAUGUGGAGAAAGACUCGCUCUAAAAAUGCCAACAGCAAUUGCUAUGGUACAGAUCCCAACAGGAAUUUUAAUGCUGGCUGGUGCACUACCGGGGCCUCAAAAAAUCCUUGUUCUGCCACUUACUGUGGCUCUGCACCUGAGUCUGAAAAGGAGACCAAGGCUUUGGCUGAUUUUAUUCGUGAACAUCUUUCUACAAUCAAGGCAUAUUUGACGAUUCACUCCUAUUCCCAGCUGCUACUGUUUCCUUAUUCAUAUACUUACACACUGCCAUCGGAUUACCAGGAACUGAAUUCCAUUGCUAGUGCUGCAUCCAAAGAGCUGGCCAGUUUGUACAAAACCAAAUAUACGUACGGUCCAGGAGCUGAAACAAUCUACCCUGCUGCAGGGGGCUCCGACGACUGGGCUUACGAUCAAGGCAUCAAAUACUCUUUCACUUUUGAGCUCCGGGACACUGGUAGAUAUGGUUUUCUUCUCCCUGAAUCUCAGAUAAAGCCAACCUGUGAAGAGACUGUACUUGCUGUUAAAUAUAUUGCCAAUUAUGUCCUUGAGCACUUGUAUUAGA